AUGAUGAUGCUUCUUCGUCCAACACUACUCUUGCACGUUGCGAAACGCACUGCAGCCUCUAAUGCCGUGCGUAAUCGUGGGAAAAGGGCAACGGUAGUCACCACACCCAUCACUGCAGCCACAGGACGUGGAAUACAAAUCCAUGAGAACAGAAACACACCGUUGAGUAGUGAAAGUUGUUCAACAACAACAACAACUACUUCUACCAAAACAACAGCAACAACAGCAGCAGCUGGAGGGAAAUUGUCAACAUUAUCUGGAAAGGUCGUUCCUGCAGGACAACGUAAAUUGCAGCGUGCUGGUAGUACCCAACAAAAAGUUAGUACCAAACAAAUGAAUAAUAAUAAUAGUAAUAAUAGUGGUAGUGGUAGUAGUAGUAAGAUGAUUGUGCCAACAAAGGCGACUACUCCAUCUAGUGCUGUUACUAUUGUCUCCAACUCUUCCAGUUUUGUUCCCGAUUACCGUGAAAAGGUAUUACAGAUCUUUCAACGACUUGCAGAGAUUAAUAACGCCCUGCAGGAACGGUAUAAGGCCCAAUCCUAUCAAAUAGCUGUAGACAAUCUAAAGAGGGAUGAUUACAUCUUUCUACACAUCCCACCAAACAUCAUUGCCCCUGGUGUGGAUGAUGCGAGGCGAAAGAAACUAAUUGAGGCUGUGCAUAAUACACCGAAGGUUGGUGAGAAACUAAAAACAAAGAUGAUAGAGAUACUCACAACAGGUGAUCUUGCCGAAUUGCAUAGUCUACAGGCGAAACCUAUUAUUCGUGCAAUUCAAGAACUCACACAAGUACAUGGAUUUGGUCCUCGCACGGCUGUGACUUUAUAUAAAAAGUAUGGUGUCAAGUCUGUAGCGGAGUUGCAACAGCGUGUGAAGGAUCAAGAGGCAAAUAAUAAUAAUAAUAAUAAUAAUAAUAAUAAUAAUAAUAGUGUUGAGAAGAAACCCUAUAGAAAGUCAUCAUCAUCAUCAUCAAAAGGUGGUAAUAAUAAUAAUAAUAAUAAUAAUAAUAAUAAUAAUAAUGAUUCCAUCUUGCAUCUCACAGAGGCCCAACGUCUUGGAUUGAAAUACCAUCGAGACAUCUCUCAACGUAUUCCACAUGAGGAAGUUCGUUUACAUGAAGCCUUUCUUAAACUGCGGUUGCGGAAGUAUUUGGGAAAAGGAUAUGAUCUCUCUAUUUGCGGCAGCUACAGGCGAAGACUGCCAACGUCAGGGGAUAUAGAUGUACUUAUUACCCGUAAAACAGGUAAUCAUAUAGAUACUGUAAACCAAAAGAAGAAUCUAAAAGGUGGUAAUAAUAAUAAUAUUAAUAAUAUUAAUAGGCGUGGAGAGCGGGUGUUGGCACCACAGGAAGUUCUUGCUGCCUUUGUAGAGGCGUUAAAACAAGAACGGUAUAUUGAGGCUACACUUGCACAAGGAUCCACAAAGUUUAUGGGUGUUAGUCGAUUGAAGAGUUACAACUAUAAUGCGGGAGCGACACAUCCAAAACUGUAUCCCGCACGUAGACUUGAUAUUCGUUUUGUAGAACCCGAAUGUUUCCCUGCAGCCUUGUUGUAUUUUACGGGAAGUAAAAAUUUUAAUGUUGUGAUGCGGGCAGAGGCUAUUAAACGGCGAUAUAUAUUAAACGAAUAUGGUUUAUUCCGCAAUGAUGCUGUUAACUCAGCUACUGGGGAUCAUGAUCCUAAUAAUAAUAAUAAUGAGGAUGAUGAGGAAGAGGAGGAUCAUGUGGAUAGUAAGAAGGAUAGUCAUCAUAGUAGUAGUAAGAAAACCACUGGACGUGCACGUUGGAAUGCAGAGACUUUUCAAAAGUUAUUACGUGCCCAAUACUACUCCGCUAAAUCCCCUGCAUUCGGAAAUAACGAUCAUGAUGUAAACAAUGAGGAUGAGGAUGAAGAAGAGGAUGCUGAUGGGAAUAAUAAUAAUAAUAAUAAUAGUGUAGGAGAGAAACAUAAUAAUAAUAAUAGUAAUAAGAAGAAGCCCAAUAAACAACAACUACAACAGGAAUUGGCGGCACUCUGGCGAGAAGUAGAGGCGCGGCGAGUGAAGGUCAAACACGAACGGGAUGUCUUCGCAGCGUUAGGGAUGACGUACGUACACCCCGAAAACCGUGAAGUCUGA